UGAGAGAGAGGAGACCAGCUUUCUCAGCAGCUCUCUGAUUGGAUUGUUUGACUGGGUGGUUUGUUGAUUGUCUGGCUCAGGAGAAGGAGAUUUUUUUUUCUUCUUCUUUUUAGCAAGAGCAGAAAAGGUGAACAAACUCCACACAGCUGAAAAUGUAUCUAAAGGAUAACAAGAGUAACUACUCCAGGUGGCAUUAAUCAGUCUGUGGACUUGACCUCAGUCCCCCCUGAGAGCUUGACAUUAACUUCAAGAUGUUUAUAUUGUUAAUUUUGCAAUGUACUCUCUUCUGAAAACUCUCUGUUUGUUUGUCCCUUUUCGUUUUGAUCAUGUCUGUGAACGCAUCACAACUGGAGCUGAACCAGCUCAUCUACCGCCAUUUGAAGGAGCAUGGUUUCCUUUCAGCUGCAGAGGAGCUUCAGAGGCAGAGCCCACAGGGGGAGUCAAAACCAUCAGUCUCUUUAUUGGACAUCUACAAAUCAUGGUUAAAGGACCCAAAAAAGAAAAUGCGUCCGAAAUCAGAAAAAUGCUCAAAAUCAGGAGAACGAAAGACUCGCUCUAAAGCCAAGUCUGUCUCACCAAGGAAGAAGACGGAUAAACCAGCUAAAAUCCCAGCUUCACCAAAGUCUGUUCCAGCGAAAAGAAAAAAAAGUGACGAAGAGCCAAGUCAAAGUGUUAAAGCAAAGAAAUCCAAGCCUAACACAACGGAGAAAGCCUCCGUUGACGGAUCGGACUCUGACAGCAGUCUGGAUAUAGAGAAGUGGAAGAAAUUACUCGACCGGUUGACAGAGGCCGACGUUGCCAAGAUGGAAACCAUCGACGCUCUGGCCUCUGAAUCGCAACCCAAGAAAAAGAGGGGCAGAAAGCCGCAAGCCAAACCUCUGUCCAAAGCUGACGCGCCCGUCCAGCAAAAUGGUGAGACAAUUGGACAGAAUGAGCAGGGCAAAGAGAAAGUUGGGACUCCAGCAAAGAAGAAUGCAGCUAAAAGGAGCAAGAAAGAAAAUCCAGCGCAUGUGUCCUCCCCGAGCAAGCAGAGCCCGAAUAAAAGUGUAAAAAGUGUAGAGGACCAGCAGGCUUCGUCCGAACUCCCUGGGAAAUUUGAAAAACAAACAGAAUUACAAGAAAUGUUGGUCCCUGUGAAUGCCAAAGAUGAAAUGGCACAAGAAACCAAAAAAAAGAGGAAAAAGAAAAAAGAGGAAAAUGAGGACAAGAUAGAGGGGAGUGCAAAUGAGACAAAUCGUGAUGGAAAAGACGGCAAAGAAAAAAUGAGUGAAAUCACCGAUCAGGAGGACGCUGGUAAGACAGAAGGAGCAAAGAGAACGACUAAAGAAGGAAAGAUGGAAGAGAGAGGCAGUGACAAUGAGAACAUUUCUGAGUUACGUUUACAGAAAAAAAAAGCAAAAAAGAAGGAGAAAGACAAAUCCAGCAGCGAGGAAGGUUUAGCUCAAAUAGACGAAAAGAAGAAAAGGAUGGUUGUUGGUGAAGAAAAUUUGAAACAGCCAGAUAAAAAUAUUACACCUCGUACACCAAAACCAAAGAAAAUGAAAGACAAUAACAAUAUGGAGGGUAAUUUAGAACAUGUAAGUGUUGGGGAGGAAGAAAGUGGCGAGCAAAACAUUGAAGAAAUGGUAACAAAAGAGAAAACCAGUAGUGAGGAAUAUUCGACUGAAAGGCAUAAAAAGAAAGAAAAGAAGAAGAAAAAGAUGCUUAAUGAAGGGAAUUCAGAAUGGGUAGAAGAUGAUUUAAAAGCAAAUCCAGAGCAAAUCAUAACAAGUACAGAUGAAACUGGAGGCAACACGAAAUGCGAGCAAAACGAUCAGGGAAAGAAACCAAAGAAAAGGAAAGACAAAAGCAUUAUGGAGGAAAAUUUAGAGCAUGGAACUAUGGCAAUAGAAGAAAAUGUUGAAGAUGAAUACAAUUCAGAGCAAAUGGGUGGGAAGAAGAAAUCAAAGAAGAAAAGAGAGUCUCUUGGCUGCAAAGAGGAAGUAGUUCAAGAAAAGAAAGCAAAAAAGAAGAGUGAGAAGUCUGAUGAAAAUGAUUUAGUUGAAAAAGAGAAGCCAAAAGAUGACGAUGAUCAUACGAACGAUAAAUCUACUUUAGAGACCGACGAGGGGAGUCUGGAAAUCACAAGUCCUCUGAAAAAAAAGAAGAAGAAAAACAAAUUAAAAUCAGACGAGGCUUCAGAGGAAGCUGAAAUUUCUACACAAAAUACCUCGACAACACAAUCUAACUCAGCUGACGUCCACAAAAAGAAAAAGAAAUCCAAGAGGACAGAGGGGUGAGAAGAAUUGACUCCUUCACACAGUGGAAGCCAAGAAUGAAGCUUUGUUUCAUUUCUAAACAGAACUGCACAGAUUAGAAAGUCAGCAUAAAAAACAUGUAAAUAAAAUGGACAUUUUAAUUUUGGUACUAUUUGUACUUUUUAAAAAUUAUUUUUAGGCACUCUGUAUUACACAAACUUGUGUAUUUCCUACGUCAUAUUUUGUGUCCGAUAUUUCACCUGGGAGACUUCUACAUUAAAUUACUGAUCUCAGAAUUAACUUCAUAUGUUGGUUCAAGGACUGCAAUUGGAAAAAAAUGUCCCUGUACUUUUUUUUACUCAUCUGUUGAUAUUUAUUCACUCCUCUGCCACUAGGAUUUUGUGGCCAAGAAAACAUCUGGCAUUCUUUUUUUUCUUUUUUUUUUUUUUUUCUUUUUUUUUUUACAAUUUUUGUAUUCAUAAAACAUUUCAGUGUUUAGGGUGUUUUUAAAAACUUUGUCAAGAAAGAUUAUUUUGUUGCAAGUUUUGUUGUACAUAAAUGUUUAAUGCAAAAUAAACAUUAUAGUUUUUUAUUA